AUGGAUACCGUGAUGGAAUUUGCCGACUCGCGCCAUUUAUGGGGCUCGCUCGCAGUUCUCGUCGCAUCGUCGCUCGCACUGCUCCUCUAUCGCGUCGUCUGGCUUCCCUAUCGCCUCGUCGUCGCAUGCAAACGACAAAACAUUCCGUUCCUGCCGUUCCGGCCUCUCAUUGGCCAGAUUCCCGAGCUACAGUCACAGUGGCAAGUCAAGGACCCCAUUUCGCCUGCCACGUCAGCACCACUCGGCCCGGAGACGGUCACUCCGCUGCUGUGCGACUGGAUUGCGCGAUACGGGACGGUGUUUGGAUUCGCCGCCGGCCCGCAACCGGCGCUGGUGCUCGCGGAUCCGGAUCUUGUGCAGCAGGUGCUGAUCGGACGGUCGGGAUGCUUUCAGAAGAUGCCGGCCGUGCAACGCGCGCUGAGCUUCGUGGGAGACGGCUUGCCGUUUGUUGACGGCGAGGAGUGGCUGCGGCAGCGCAAGGCCGUCAACCCCUCGUUCAGCCAUGGCGCCAUCAAGCACGCGCUCUCCCUGUUCCGCGAUUCCAAUUUCCCCGAGAUUCUAUUCUCUUCCCCUCCCCUUCCGCAGCACGCGCUCUCCGUGAUGAACCGCCAGGCGCGCAAGGGCGUUGCGCGGCUGCUGCAGCGAAUAGCGCGUGCAGGCUGCGAAGAUUCGAGCGGAAAUCAUGCGGCAUGUUCGGCGGACGGAGAGCGGGAUGCGGAAGAGCGCUUGACGCAAGGGGGGCGGUCCGCGCAUGGCCGCACGGAGCAAGAGGGGCGCGAGGUGGAGAUCCAGGAGGUGCUGUUCGCGGUGACUCUUGACGUCAUCGGGCUCGCCGUGCUCGGCGCCGCCGUCAGCGGCGGUCGUGGCCGCGCCACCGCUGGCGUGAGCACGCUGAACGCGGGGAACGCGGCGACGGAGGGGGUGGCGGAUUCGGGGGCGGAGGGGGAAGAGAUUGCGGGGAAGGAAGAUGAGGACGACGAGGAAGAGUGGGAGGGGGAGGAAGAGGAGGUGGAGGGGGAAACGGUGGUAACAGAGGGAGGGAAGGGGGCAGGGGAGAGGGGAGGGGAGCGCGGAGGGGAGCGGGGGGUGGCGGGGAUAUACACGGUGCUGCACUCGCUGGUGAUUAAAGCCAUAGCGCGGUUCUUUUCAGGACGGGUCUUCAUCCCGCUCUACACGUACGUCUACCUUACUGCUUUCCACCACUCCUUUCUCCUCUGUCUCACACCACCUGCUGCUUCCAUUCCCUUCGAGGCUCCUCAAAAGACCUUUCCCCGUCGACACUCGAAUCGCACGCUGUGGGCGGUGGAGCAGCGGUUCCGCCAGCUGUUUGGGGAGCUGAUCGCGCGCAGGGCGCAGGGGGGCGCGCAGGGGCGGCUGGGGAAAGACAUUCUGGCGGCGCUGCUGGCUGCGGAGAUGAGGCGCGAGGAGGAGACCCGCGCUGCUGCUGCUGCUGCUGCUGCUGCUGGUGGCGGUGGUGGUGGUGGUGGUGGUGUGUUGUCGGCUGCUCUGGUGAACAGAGUGGUGAAUCAGUGUGCGACACUCAUCAUGGCAGGCCACGAGUCAGUCGCGGUGCUGGUGAUGUGGAGCAUGUACCUGCUGGCCCGCCACCCGCACUGGCAGCACCGGCUCCGAUCCGAGGUGGUCCGCGUGGUGGGAGGCGGAGGAGGAAGGGCAGACAGGGAGGCAGAGGCGGAUAGGAUGGCCGAGAAGGCUGAGAGGGAAGACGAUGUUGUGCGGGAUGAUGGAGCAGAGAGCAGCAGCAGCAGCAGCAGCGACAGCAGUGGUAGCAGCGAGGAUGGCAUGGACAGUGACAGCGAGAGUGACGCCAGCAGCAGCGACAGCACAGCCAGAGCGAGACACAAUUCUCACCAUGACAACACGGUUAAGGCAACACACGCACAAACAGCAGAAACACACGCAGCAGACACACGAGCAGCAGAGGCAAGCAGGGCGGAGAUCACAUGGGAGCAUGCGACGCAGCUCAAAGACAUGCACCUGGUGCUUCUCGAAACGCUUCGUCUCUUCCCCCCCGUGCCCGUCGUCACGCGCACGAGCAAGCAGGACGUGCGCAUCGGCCCCUAUGUCAUUCCCAAGGGUGUGGACCUGUUUCUGCCUGUCGGGUGCUUGCACGCUGACGAGCGGUACUGGGGACCCGACGCGCGUGAAUUCAAGCCUGAGAGGUUUCAAGACGGGCAGCAAGCAGCGUGCUCACACCCGCAGGCCUUCAUCCCUUUCUCCAGUGGUCCACGGGACUGCGUUGGAGCCAUGUCGCGUAGAGCUGUAGACUCCGCGACCACCUCUCGCAAGAGCGCGCUUGCGGAACUCGCUGCGCACCGCGCCAGCCGCCAGUCCGGCUCCGCUCCGCCGCCUGUCGACGGCGACGAUGCCGGCGAUCAGGGCGACCAGGCUGUGCGACGCAAGCGACGGAUCGACACGUUCGAGCUGAAGGAGGAGGAUCGCCUGUACGACGUCGUCGACGAGUCGGAGUACCAGAAAAUCGUCGCACAGCGUCGCGCGGCGGGUGAGAACUUCGUCGUGGACGACAACGGGCUGGGGUAUGCGGACACGGGUCUGGAGGACGUUUGGGACCGACGCGAUGAGGACGACGACUCGUGGGACGAAGACGAGGACGGCGGCAGACGGAAGAAGAAAGAGAAGAAGCCUGCGGGGCCCAGGCCGCGCCGAGAGGGCGUCGCCGCGCGGAAGGCGCUUUCCGCAGCCGCGGCCAUGAUGGGGAAGCGCCGCGGCGCCUCCAACAUGUUCGCCGCUGCCGGCGCACGUGCCGGCGGGCGGCAAGCUUCGCAGGCACUGCCGGCCGGCGAGGCGCAAGCGGCGGAGGCGCUGCUGGAGGAGCUGAUUAACGACAUCGGCGCGGACGCGCAUGAGCGCUUGCCCGACAAGAGAAGACGGAGAGGUGGCGGCGUGGCUGUGACCGUUACGCCCUCCCCGUGGCGUCCACUCGCGCAGCACGCGAAGCCCCCCGUCUACCCCGACGAUUUCCACGACGCACCUGUCGUCACGCCGUCAAACGAGCCGGUCGUUUCUGCCGACCGACAGCAGCAGCAAAAUCAGCAGCCGCCACCGGCGCCAUUUCCCGACGGCUCACCCUUUCCCGAAAUGAUCCCUGCUGCUGGGGCACGUGAGCACGAAGGGGUGAAUGCCGUUACUGCUGGUGGAGGGGCAGGUACGGGUUCCGGGUCACCUAGUGUUAAAGCAGAAGCUAAUAGCAACGCCGGGGUAAACGGUGGUGGAGCUGGUAUGACGACAGGCGUUAACGUAGAGUCUGGAGAGGAAAAAGUAUCAGGAGCAGCGGCAGGUGAAGGAGCUGGUAUGACGACAGGCGUUAACGUAGAGUCUGGAGAGGAAAAAGUAUCAGGAGCAGCGGCAGGUGAAGGAGCUGUAGCUGGGAGUGGUCCGGUAGACGGAGGGCAGUCAACCAAACCGGAUACCGCCGAGGCAGGCCAGGCGCCGAAGCUGCAUGCUAGGCUCGGAGCGCUGGCUCAGGAGGAGAACGCGUCUGCGGCUUGGCACUCUGUCAGCCGAGGCUCGGCAGCAGGCUUGGCAGACGAGAAGGGUGGCAGCCCUGGCAGGGCCGGCGCAGCAGCGGGAGGGGAUAAAGGGGGAUGGGCGGGGGCGGCUGUAGCAGGGCAAACGGCUGUAGCGGGGAGUGCGGCUGUAGCAGGGUUAGAUGCGCCUGUGAACGUGGAGGGGCUUCCGCUGGACGCAGAUGGGAAGCUUCCGUUCUUCUUCCUAGAUGCGGUGGAGGAGUCUUAUGGCGCGCUUCAGGGCACGGUGUUCCUCUUUGGCAAGGUCCCUGUAAAGCAAGACACGAACACCAGCAAUCCCAGCGCCAGCGGGUCGUUCGUGAGCUGCUGCGUGGGCGUCCAGGGCGUGCAGCGGUGCGUGUUCGCCGUGCCUCGCGAGGGGCUGUUUGAGGACCCUCAGCUGGCCGUGCUGGAGGCGGAAGAGCAGCAGGCCCGGGAGGAGGACGCGGGGAAAGCGGGGGGUGGGCAGAAGGGCAAGGGCGGUGGGGCGAAGGGGGGAAACAAGGGCGAGGAGGAGUCGGAGAGAGUGAAGGCUGCCCGGCUCAAGAAGAUGCGCAAGCUGCAUGAGCUGGCCACGCCACUCAAGGAGGAAAUUCGCCAGCGACUCAUGGAGCGCCACGUGUCCUCCUUCUGCAUGAUGCCAGUCAAGAAUCUGUGCUCAUGUGCGUUCAUCCUGUGCUCAUGUGCGUUCAUCCUGUGCUCAUGUGCGUUCAUCCUGUGCUCAUGUGCGUUCAUCCUGUGCUCAUGUGCGUUCAUCCUGUGCUCAUGUGCGUUCAUCCUGUGCUCAUGUGCGUUCAUCCUGUGCUCAUGUGCGUUCAUCCUGUGCUCAUGUGCGUUCAUCCUGUGCUCAUGUGCGUUCAUCCUGUGCUCAUGUGCGUUCAUCCUACCUCACAGGCACGCACUUCAGUGCCGUGCUGGGUACCCACACCAGUGCACUGGAGCUGCUGCUGCUGAAGCGGCACCUCAAGUGCCCCUGCUGGCUGGCUGUGGACCGCCCCACCUGCAUCCACCCCUCCUCCCAGUGCCCCAUUCAUUCCCACCAGAGGAGCCACUGCAGGGUGGGGGUAUCAGUGGCAUCACCCAAGCUGGUGGCGCCAGCAGCAGCAGACAGCGACCCUCCGCCCCUGGUGGUGACGUCAUUACCAUCCCCUUCCCCUACACUCACUGUCUAUCCUCGCUCUUCACCCCACUUAAUCCGCUCUGCCCUCCCACCACAGGAGCCACUGCAGGGUGGAGGUAUCAGUGGCAUCACCCAAGCUGGUGUCGCCAGCAGCAGCAGACAGCAACCCUCUGCCCCUGGUGGGGGCAUCUUCUCUCCCCUUCCCCAACACUCACUGUCUAUCCCCGCUCUUCACCCCACUUAAUCUCGUCCGUUCAUUUCUACCAGAGGAGCCACUGCAGGGUGGAGGUAUCGGUGGCGUCACCCAAGCUGGUGUCGCCAUCAGCAGCAGAGAGCGACCCUCCGCCCCUGGUGGUGGCAUCUUUGAAUGUGAAGACGGUGGUGAACCAUGGGAAGAAUGUGAAUGAGGUUGCUGCUGUUUCAGUCGUCUUCUGCCGUAAUGCCAAGAUUGAUCGACCAAUGGCGCGCAGCGAGUGGAGUGGGGCGGCGUCGCUUGGACACUUCUCAGUGCUGAGGCGGCUGGAGGGGGUGAUGUCCCCCGUGGGAUUCGAUUCUGCCAUCGCUUCAGCCAAUCAGAGGGCGGGGCGGGAUGGGCCAGUGCUGAGCAAGAAGGGAAGCGAGAGGGAACUGCUGAGCUAUCUGCUGGCGCGAAUGGGGCGGCUGGAUGCUGACGUCAUCAUAGGACAUGGGCUUGCAGCUUUUGAUCUCACUGUGCUGCUGCAGCGCAUGCAGGCUUGUCGUGUGGGAAACUGGUCUGCGAUUGGUCGGCUCAAGCGCACCCAAAUGCCAAAGCUAGGGGGCGGCCCGGGCAGCAACUGGGGCGGCGGAGGGGCGGCGCCCGGCCUGCUGUCAGCUGUAGCCGGGCGGCUGCUGAUCGACACGAGCGUUUCGUCCCGAGAGAUACUGCCGAAGGAAGUGAGCCACUCGCUGUCGGCGCUGGCAGCGAGUCAGCUGGGGCACACGCGGAGGGAGGUGACAGCGGCUGAAGUGCCGGGGAUGUAUGGCAGCAGCGAAUCUCUGAUGAAACUGGUGGGGCUGGUAGAGACAGACGCAUGGCUCGCCCUCACGCUCAUGUUCCAACUGUCCGUGCUGCCACUCUCGCGCCAGCUCACCAACCUCAGCGGCAACCUUUGGAACCGCACACUGCACGUGGGCACACCUUUGGAACCGCACACUGCAGAUAGCUUGAGAGUGAUCGUGCUGUGUUUUUCUUCUGCUGCCCGUCGUUGUCAGGGAUCCCGGGCGCAGCGAAUCGAGUACCUCCUGCUGCACGAAUUCCACCGCCGGAAGUUCAUGCUGCCCGACAAGCUGACCUCAAAAGAAAAAGAAGCGGCAGUCUCAUCCGCCGCUACCGCUGCUACAGCCUCAGGCAAGAAAAAGAAACGCAAAGGAGCAGGAGGGAGUGCCAGGGAGAUUCAAGAAAAGGCAGCAGGAGCAGGAGAAGACGCUACAGUGGCAAGGGGAGUAGAAGGGGGAGAGGAAGAAGAGGGGGAUGAUGAUGAUACUCCUGAGGGCGCCGAGGGAGGAGCAGGAGCAAGAGGAAAGAAGGGGGGUGGCGGAGGAGGAGGGGGAGGUGAGGGGGGGAAGAAGAAGGGGCCGGGGUAUGCGGGGGGGUUGGUGCUGGAGCCGAAGCGAGGGCUGUAUGAUAAGAUAGUGGUGCUGCUGGACUUCAACAGCCUGUAUCCCUCCAUCAUCCGCGAAUACAACAUCUGCUUCACCACUGUGGCUUGUCCGGAUGAUGCCUCUUCUCUCCCCCAACUACCCGACCCUGAUCCCCCUGGGGUGCUGCCAGAGGUGCUGGGCAUGUUGGUGCAGAGGAGGCGGCAGGUGAAGGAUCUACUCAAGAGGGAGAAUGAUCCGGACGAGAGGCAGAGGCUGGACAUCCGCCAACAAGCGCUCAAGCUCACUGCCAACAGCAUGUACGGCUGCCUGGGAUUUUCCAACUCACGCUUCUUCGCCAAGCCCCUCGCUGAACUGAUCACGUCAAGGGGUCGGGACAUCCUGCAGAGCACGGUGGAUCUGGUGCAGAACAAUCUGAAUCUGGAGGUGAUAUACGGUGAUACAGACUCCAUCAUGAUCAACACGGGGCUGGACGACCCCAGCCAGGCCAUUGCCAUCGCCCACCGCGUCAAGAAAGAGGUCAACAAGCGCUAUAAGCUGCUUGAAAUCGAGAUGGACGGCUUGUUCCGAAGCAUGCUGCUGCUGAACAAGAAGAAGUACGCCUCCGUCAAGCUGCUCCUGGGAGCUGGCGAGCCCCCUAAAGUGCUGAGAGAGGUGGCGGAGCACAAGGGGCUGGACAUUGUUCGGCGUGACUGGAGUGUUUUAUCCAAGGAGAUCGGUGCUUUCUGCCUCAAGCAGAUCCUGUCUGGCAGGCCGCGGGAGGAGGUGGUGGAGGCGAUUCACAAUGAGCUGCGCAAUCUGGCAGCGAGGCUACGAGCAGGGGAGGUAGACCUGACAUCGUUCGUGAUCACCAAGACGCUGACGAAGCCGCCGUCCGACUACCCAGAUGCCAACUCACAGCCGCACGUGCAGGUGGCACUGAGGAGGAAGAAGGAGGGGCGCACGGAGGGGUGCAACGCAGGAGACGCCAUUCCCUACGUCGUUGCCGUUCCACGGCAAUCAGGAAGUGAGGGAGCAGACGCAGCAGUGCCACCUGCUGGUCGCGGUGCGGGUGGCAUAGCGGAGCGAGCACGGCAUGUGGACGAGUUGAGGAGCGCAGAGAGCGAGUGGGACGUGGACAGGGAGUACUACCUGGCACACCAGGUGCACCCCGUGGUGGCCCGGCUGUGCGCUCCCAUUGAAGGCACGGACGCCGCCCGCCUGGCCGACUGUCUGGGGCUCGACUCCUCCAAGUAUCGGCAGGUGCAUGCAACAGCAGCAACGGUGCGAGAUGAUGCCAUGCUGGCAGCCUCCUCCAUUCUGGAUGAUGAUGAACGCUACGCGCGCCUCCCCCCGCUGCAGUUCCUCUGUCCCUCGUGCCGCUUCCCCUUUGCCUUCCCGGGCGUGCCUGCCAUCGCCCACGGGAGGGACCGGGAGGUGCUUGAGAGGGCUGGGGAGAGAGCAGGUGGAGCAAAUGGGAUAGGAGAGAGCAGAGGGGAGGGGGAGAAGGGAAGUGGAGGGGAGGGGAAGGAGGUAGAGGGGGGGAAAGAGGAGGAGAGGGAGGUGCAGCCGCUGGUGUGUCCGCGCUGCAAGGACGCCAAGCCGCUGUCGCCUGCCAUGCUCUCCAACCAGACACACGGCAAAGUCGGGUGCAGGACGGCAGACGGGUAG